AUGGCGGCGGCCAGAUAUAAUUGCACAUGCGGCGAACCAAUCGUCGGUGAUGAAGAAAAGGCAAAGUGUAGUGAGUGCCUGCGUUCGAUUCAUCUCGCGUGUGCUGUGAUCGGUCGUUGUAUCGGUGGUGAACGCGUUGUGUGUGAGCGUUGUUAUCGGCGAGACCCUCCACCUCCCCCUUCAACUACAAGGCGGUCGGCAAGCUCUUCUACCCGAGCCCAGCUGUUGCUCGAUUUGCAGCGGCUCGAAGAAGAAAAGUGCUUGCAGGAGAAGGCUGCUGAGGAGAAAGUGAGACGUGAUAGGGAAUAUCUCGCGAAGAAAUAUGAGCUCAUGCAGGCUGAUCUGCUUGCAAAUAGUGAAGCCAGUAGUCGUCGAUCGAUAUCCAGCAUCGAGAAGGUUCAAGCUUGGCUUCUGGACAAGCCCACCGACAACGUAGAAUCCGGCAUCGGGCAAAGUGAAAUCCCCGCCGGUGUAUCGUCUCGGACAGGCACGGUCUACAAGCCAAACCGGCUAGUACCAACGACAGUCGCUGCAUCUUCAACUCCCAAGUCAGGGCAGCAUGCGGAGCACUCUUUCGGGCUCAAUCCGAGCCAGCCACUAAGCCAAGAUGCGUCAAGAUGCGUUGUACCACGGGUGAACCAAACGCAAAACCCGUUGGAUUGGAGUUUGACUUGGGAACAUCCUGACGAACCCAUACCGAAACGACGAAUCGCAGUGGACUUGGAGGAGAUCCAGCGGAAGUUCUGCGGUGUGCAAUUACGUCCCCCCAACCCGAGCCAGCACCCAGUAGGUUGGCCGUUACCAGCUAGCGAGCCGGUACUAAGUGAAGCCCAGCAGAAUCCCAUCCACUGGGUUUCCUCACAGCAGCAGGAGAUUCCAACUAUAAGCCCAGCGUUGGCAAGUAGUAUGGGACAAAUCCAAGCGGCGCUCGCGUUGGAGCCCCUCACAACCCGAUACCAGCAGACGUCCGGCCUCGAAUCAGCACCAACCGGACAGGAAGCGUCGGCAGCGAUUACUUCGGUGAGUCAAACGUGCUCUAAUAUAUUUCCGACACUAACAAGACCAUUGCAAAGCAAGGUGACAUUCGAUAUGCCCAAAUUGUCGUCAUUUAUUUCACACACUCCCUUCCCCUUGACCGAACCAUGCAAGCCCCACCAAACUACCCAAACUAGCCAAAACAAUGCGUUUGCCUUCAAUCCAGCAUAUAGAAGCACUCCUCAUGUCCGUCCCUCGACUGCCCCCUCCGUGCGAUUUGCUGACUUUCCGCUCGUUUCGUCGGCCCGCUUGCCAUUGUCUACUCAAGUGCAAACAGUUCAAAGCAGUACGGUGCCUAUAGCGUCGUCGAUGGCUGCCAACAGUGAUCCAGUGGUGCCCAACGUGUUUCCACAAGCGUUCCUUCCCUUCGAUUCUACCUCUGCAACUGCGCCAGUCCCUCAACCGUGGAUAAGUUCUCCGACAUCUCAACAGCUCGCUGCUAGGCACAUCGUUCCCAAGGAGCUACCCAUCUUUUCGGGCGAUUCUGUCGAAUGGCCGCUAUUCCUGAGUUGUUUUCAGAACACCACACAUUUAUGUGGGUUUUCCCACGGAGAGAAUUUGAUGUGUCUGCAACGGAGCCUCAAAGGAAACGCCCUGGAAGCAGUGAGGAGUUUACUUCUGGAGCCCUCAUCGGUUCCUAUGAUCCUCUCGACACUUCAUACAUUGUACGGUCGUCCCGAUCUGGUCAUCAACUCACUACUGCAGAAGGUGCGCUCUACUCCAGCCCCAAAACCGGACAAGCUGGAGUCUAUGAUAUCGUUCGGUCUAGCCUGCCAAAACCUCUGUGGUCAUUUGCGUGCAGCUGGACAACAGGCCCACUUCUCCAAUCCGGCGUUGCUGCAGGAGUUAGUCAGCAAGUUACCAGCAAACAUCAAACUUGAUUGGGCGCUUUUCAAACAAAAGUGCCCUGUGGUCGACCUCGGUACAUUUGGCGAUUACAUGGCGCAACUGGUGGUAGCUGCAAGUGACGUCGCUCCCUAUCAACCGUCUCAAGAAGCUAGUGUUGGUUCGAACAAACAAAAGGAAAAAGAGAAGCUGUAUGUGAACACUCACGCAUCUGGCAAUUCGGUGGACAACGUUGGUAAACGGAAUCCUCCUAGCAAUCCUGGAGGCAAGCAGAACCAACCAAAACCGUGCCCAAUCUGUGGGAAACAAGGGCACAAGGUGCGAGACUGCGACGACUUUAAGAAGUGCAGCCUGGAGGAACGUUGGAUGCGCGUUCAGCAGCAUUACCUAUGCAGACGGUGCCUGGUAGCACACGGAAAGUUCCCGUGCAAGGCAACAUCGUGUGGAAUGGAAGGAUGUGAUGAGCGGCACCAUAAGCUUUUGCAUCCUGGAAAGCCACAGCCAGUAGUCCCAGCAAAACAGGCCACGGCGACCGAAAUCGUAAACGUCCACACCGCUCUGAAGGUAUCCACGCUCUUUCGUAUAGUACCAGUGACGCUGUACGGUAACGAAAGAUCUAUCCACACGUUUGCGUUUUUGGACGAAGGGUCCUCGUCUACACUGGUCGACGUCCGUAUUGCCCAGGAGUUGGGAGUGAAAGGUGAAGUCCAUCCGCUUUACUUGCAAUGGACCAGUGAUGUUGAACGAUGUGGGGACAAUUCUCAGCUGAUUCGACUGGAAAUCUCGGGUCGUGGGGCCAACAAACGAUACAUCGUUGCGGCAGCUCAUACCGUGGAUCAACUGUGUCUUCCUCAACAAAGCUUGCCGUUUGAUGAACUCGCUCAACAGUUUCCACACCUCCGUGGUCUACCCAUUCAAGGAUAUCGCAACGCCACUCCAACAAUCCUUAUCGGUUUGGACAACACUCACCUGAAGAUUCCUCUUAAGGUACAGGAAGGCAGAGUCGGUCAACCAGCGGCGGCGAAAACCAGACAGGGUUGGACGGUGUACGGCCCUAUUCCUGGUGGAAGCUCCUCGACUCAGCAGAGUCAGUUUCAUCUAUACAAGGAAGCUCGGAACCCUGACGAUGUGUUACACGACCUUGUGAAGGAGUUUUUCUCGGUGGAGCACGUUGGUGUUGCUGUAGCUCCUUUGUUGGAAGGAUCCGACGAAAUGCGUUCCAGAAAGAUCCUUGAAGAAACGACUUUACGGCUGCCAUCCGGUCGGUUUCAGACAGGGCUGCUCUGGAAAUAUGACCACAUCCACUUUCCAGACAGUAAGCCGAUGGCAGAGAGUCGGCUCAAAUCGCUGGAGCGUCGUUUGCGGCGGAAACCUGAAUUGUUCGAGAACCUGCAGCAGCAGAUAGUCGAGUACGUGGAAAAGGGGUACGCACACAAAAUAACACAGGAGGAGGUUCUCGGCUCAGAUCCCAAGAAAGUCUGGUAUCUUCCGUUGGAGGUGGUUGUUCAUCCCAAAAAGCCAGGAAAGGUUCGCAUAGUCUGGGAUGCGGCAGCGAGCGUCCAAGGCCAGUCUCUCAACUCUGCCUUGCUUCCAGGACCAGAUCUGUUGUCCUCCCUCCCGUCAGUGCUCUCCAAAUACCGUCAACGCCAGGUGGCGAUCUGUGGCGAUAUAAAGGAGAUGUUUCACCAGUUCCAGAUCAGACCCGAGGAUCGACAGGCACAACGGUUCCUGUUUCGAAGCGACUCCUCCAAAGCACCUGACAUCUACGUCAUGGACGUGGCCACCUUUGGUGUAGCUUGCUCUCCCUCUGCUGCACAGUUCAUCAAAAAUCAAAAUGCGAAGGACUUUGAGUCCGAAUUUCCUGAGGCUGCCGCAGCGAUCGUCCACAAUCACUAUGUGGACGACUAUUUGGACAGUCGGGACACCGUCGAUGAGGCAGCAGACCUGGCACUGCAAGUGAAAACUGUCCAUGCUAAAGCCGGGUUUCACAUUCGGAACUGGAUGUCCAACUCCAGAGAGGUGCUUUCACGGGUCGGGGAUUCAGCUGAAGAAUCUGCGAAGAAUUUCAAGACGCACUCAACUGCAGUUUCAGAACGCGUACUCGGGAUGAGCUGGUUUCCCGAAUCGGACGAGUUCGGAUUCCGCGGACUUUUCCGAGAACAACUAAUGCCUCUGCUUCAUGGAGAUGUGGUUCCUACAAAACGGCAGCUCCUCCAAGUGGUCAUGAGCAUUUUCGAUCCACUAGGUCUGGUGUCGCUCGCCGUGGGUCACGGAAAGAUCCUCGUUCAGAAGGCGUGGCGAGCAAAAAUCGGGUGGGACGACAAAAUCAACGAAGACUUGCUCGAACUAUGGCGUCGGUGGAUUGAGCUGUUGAGGCAGCUCGACACAGUUCGCAUACCACGGUGCUACUUCCCAGCAUACCUUCCGGAAAGCUACGAAUCUUUGCAGCUACACAUCUUUGUAGAUGCAAGUGAAGAGGCGUACGUGGCAACCGCCUUCUUCAGGAUCGUAGACCAGUCUCAAGUUCGCUGCUCUCUGGUAUCGUCAAAGACGAAAGUUGCCCCACUGAAGUUACUGUCAGUUCCCCGUCUUGAGCUCCAGGCUGCGUUACUAGGAGCCAGAUUAGCAGAGUCUGUAGCGGAAAACCACACUCUGCGAAUCAAACAACGAUUCUUCUGGAGUGAUUCUUCCACUGUCCUUUCUUGGCUACGCUCGGAUCAUAGACGAUAUCGCCAGUUUGUAGCGUACCGAGUGUCGGAGAUCCUGGACACUUCAAAAGUCGAUGAAUGGCACUAUGUUCCCUCGCACCUUAACGUGGCGGAUGAUGCCACUAAGUGGAAAGAGCGGCUCCAGAUCAGCAACAGUCAUCGCUGGUUCAGCGGACCAGACUUCCUGUACGAUCCUCCAAACCAGUGGCCAAAACAGGAGGUGCAAUCUACCACAACAACGGAGGAACUGAGACCCAUUUACGUCCAUCGAGAGCUUCGGAAGGAACAAGUGGUGCAAUUCAGCCACUUUUCCAAGUGGGAACGAUGUCUUCGUGCUGUCGCCUACGUUCACCGCUUCGUAGACCAGCUGAAGCGGAAGCGGAAUAAAGAAGAAUCUGACGUAACAGACAUCCUUACUCGAGAAGAGCUUCAGCGUGCGGAACAGACGGUUAUCAGGCAGGCCCAGUUCGAAGCCUUUGGAGAUGAAGUGAUCACGAUGCAGAACAACCAGACUCUACCAGUGGAUCAGCGUCAGCGCCUCGAAAGUUCAAGCAAGCUGUACAAACUGUCUCCUUUCUUGGACAAUCAAGGCGUAGUUCGAAUGGAAGGACGGAUCGACGGUUUCUCUGAUGCGACGUUUGAUUUCAAAUACCCUACUGUGCUACCGAAGAACCACUACGUUACCCAGCUCAUCGUCGAUUCGUACCAUCGGCGGUACAAGCAUUCCAACGGAGAGACAGCAGUGAAUGAAAUGCGGCAAAAAUAUCACCUGACGGAGAUGAGAGCAGCAUUUCGAAAGAUCAGCAAAACUUGCAUGUGGUGUAAGGUCUACAAGGCGACACCCGCAGUUCCAAGAAUGGCACCGCUAUCGGAGGCAAGAGUCACUCCCCGCAUCAGGCCGUUCAGCUUCGUUGGAGUGGAUUACUUCGGCCCGCUGUUGGUAGUCCAAGGUCGUCGUGAAGUGAAGCGAUGGGUCGCCCUCUUCACCUGUCUGACAAUCAGGGCGAUCCAUCUAGAAAUCGUCACCAGCUUAUCAGCGGAGUGCUGCAAGAUGGCUUUACGGCGGUUCAUAGCACGGAGGGGGGCACCUUCGGAGAUCUACAGUGAUCAAGGGACUAACUUCGUUGGGGUCAGUGGCGAGUUAAAGGAGCAAGUCAGAGCAGUCAACCAAGAGCUAGCAUCAACAUUCACCAAUACGGUCACCCAAUGGCGCUUCAAUCCUCCAGCUGCGCCGCAUAUGGGGGGGUCUUGGGAGCGCAUGGUUCGGUCGGUGAAGUGUGCAUUGGCUUCGCUAUCGGUCGAACGCAAACCUAACGAGGAAGUUUUGGUCACGUUGCUGGUGGAAGCUGAGUCGAUGGUAAAUUCGAGGCCGUUGACCUACAUGCCGCUGCAAACUUCGGAGCAUGUGGCACUUACUCCGAACUGUUUCCUCAUGCUGAGUACUAGCGGGGUGAACCAGCCUCCAACCCAGCUUGUGGACGAUAGGCAGACUCUUUACACCAGCUGGUUCCUGUGCCAACGAUUGCUGGACCAAUUCUGGACGCGCUGGGUAAAGGAGUACCUACCCACCAUCAACAGACGAACCAAGUGGUUCGUUGACACCAAGCCGGUCUCUGCCGGUGAUCUGGUGGUCAUCGUGGACGAUCGAGUCCGUAACGGAUGGAUAAGGGGACAAGUCCUACGCGUGUUCCCUGGACGAGAUGGCAGAUGUCGCAGCGCAAACGUACAGACAGCAACUGGUGUACUGCGACGUCCGGUGGCGAAACUAGCCGUCCUAGAUGUUGCUGGUAAUGCUCGAGAGGACAUGGAGCAAUACGGGUCGAUAGGAAUGUUCAGGACGGCGCCCUAUCGACCUAAUAAUUUCCCACCGUGUACCUACUGCCAACUGUGA